AUGAUCCUACAAUUAAUUAUACGGCGGCCGCUGUGGACAAUGUUGGCUGCCGCGAUCAUAUUAAUUUUGAUGCUUGCAGUACCCAGAAACUCUCUGGGCUCACCUGGUCUUGCGCCGCGAGGACAAGGCGCGUUGCAGCACAUUAAUAAUGCGACGCUAGGUUUUGAGAAAAUUUUCGUCGUUGGCUUGCCAGAGCGGACGGAUCGUCGGGACGGGCUCACGCUUCAGGCGGCCCUUAGCAACCUGAAAAUAGAGUUCUUUGACGGAGUCAAAGGCGAUACGAUCGCCGAGAAGGCCAUUCCAGUUGAUGAAGCUGGCGCAACCCUUAGAGCACCCGAGCUUGGCUGCUGGAGGGGCCAUAUGAACGCUGUCGCUGAGGUAAUUCGACAGAAUCUUACUUCUGUCCUGAUUCUGGAAGACGAUGCCGAUUGGGAUGUGAGAAUUCGCCAACAACUCCGCGACUUUGCGCUUGCCACGAGAGCUCUUAUUCAGCCACUAGCAGGGUCUUCAUCGAAUCCUUCAUUUGCCGACGCUACAAUGCUUGAUCCUUCGCAAUCCGAAGGCCACGAAAUAAACUUCCACAAUCUUCCGACGACAGCGCUACCACGCCUUACACCAUACGGCGAUGACUGGGAUCUUCUCUGGGUUGGCAACUGUGGGCUGCACUUUCCAUUCCCACACUCGAACAAUAUUCCGAAAGGCCGUGUGAUAUACCAGAACGAUGAGACUGUGGCACCGCACCGGAAUCUUUGGUCCAUCAACCAGCCAUUUACCCUCAAAGAAAAAUACCCCGAGCACACCCGAGCCAUACACCAUGCGCAAGAAGGCGUAUGUACCGUGGGAUACGCGCUAAGCCAUCGCGGAGCGAGGCGCCUCCUACAAGAGGUGGCGCUGAAGCCUGUCACCGACGCGUACGAUAUUCUAAUGCGUUUCUUUUGUGAGGGGACGCAUGGUAGGAAGAAGGGUGUCUGUAUUGCGCCGCAGCCACCAUAUUUCCACAGCCAUCGACCAGCGGGGCCAGUAAGCGCCAAUAGCGACAUCGGUGAUCACAAGGGCGAGUAUAAAAACGAACCGAUGACGGAUAUGGUGCGAUGGAGUGUGCGCCUGAACUCUGAUCUGAUUACGUCUGGUCGUACAGAUUACGUCGAUCAGUAUCCUGAUGAAUGA